CUCUCUAUAUAUAUAACGCAACCCAUUCUCUCCUUUAUAAUAUUUCACAUCCCAAACAAAGAAAUUAAAGCCAAGAGCUUGACAUUCCAUCUCCCACCAACCUCAAGCUCUACAAUUGCUGCUGCUGCUUAUUAUUUGCAUAUUAAACUUCAGAAAAGCAACAGUUCAAAUUCGCCGCCAACCAUAUUUCAUCAGAGGCUUCCCUCCAAAAUCUCAAUCCAAAUGGGUUUAAGGGACAUUGAGGCCACACUGCCUCCAGGGUUUAGGUUUUAUCCCAGUGAUGAGGAGCUGGUGUGCCAUUAUCUCUACAAGAAGAUUGCAAAUGAGGAAGCCUUGAAGGGUACUUUAGUAGAAAUUGACUUACAUACCUGUGAGCCAUGGCAGCUUCCCGAGGUGGCGAAGUUGAACUCCAACGAGUGGUACUUCUUCAGCUUCAGGGACAGGAAAUAUGCGACGGGGUUUCGGACCAAUAGGGCGACGACAUCUGGAUACUGGAAAGCCACAGGAAAGGAUCGGAUGGUGCUGGACCCCUCCACCCAUCAGAUCGUAGGGAUGAGAAAGACCCUCGUGUUUUAUCGCAACAGAGCUCCCAAUGGCAUCAAGACCGGCUGGAUCAUGCAUGAGUUCCGCCUCGAGACCCCACACAUGCCUCCUAAGGAGGACUGGGUGCUGUGCAGAGUCUUCCACAAAAGCAAAGGGGAGAACAGUGCAAAACUCAGCCCACAAAACAUGUAUGAGGCCUCAGCCGCAGCCUCUUCUCCAACCUUACCAGCCUCUCCUCCAACAGACCUGGCCAUGCCCUGUGGGUAUCACCACCAAUUUGUUUCAUCACUGCCCUCAACCCCACAGCACCAAACCUGCAGCAACAUUAAUAACAACAUUAAUCCCAGUAACCAGCAGCUCCUAAACUUAGCUGUUUCAAACCUUAAUAGCUUCCUUCAGUUCUCUCAUCACGACAAGAACAAUAAUAUUAACAAUAUCACAGCUGCAGCUGAUCAAUUCAACUCCACUAAAGGUGGCAGCACUGGUGAUGAUGAGUUUGGGUUCUUAUGGGACAUGAGCUUAGAGGAAAGUGGCCUGGGAAGUGCUGGUUUGCCCUCAAAUCCAGUGGAGAUGAGAUUUGAAGAUGACAACAGUAUAGUUUUCCUCUGAAUAAUUAAUGUUGCAUGCAUACUUAAUUUGAAACAAGGUAUAUAUAUCUAUACACACAUGCAGUAAUUUGUUGAUAUGUACUAUGCAUUAAUUACAUAUGCUACUGUUUGGUUUUGAGAAAACUAGUGCUUGAAUAUUGCCUCAUAGAAGGUUGUGCUGUUGUGUUUUUAGGGUUUCUUUUUUCAAAAUUUUUGUAUAUAACAUUGGGCUUU